AUGCACCUGACGGACAUCGCCUGCAUGGACGCGCGCUGCAGUGCACCUGCUUACUUACUGCAGUGGAAAUAUGUCAAUCUGCAACUAAGUUUUCCAAUGCGGUGGGGACGAUUUUACAGCAGCUGCACCAAGUUCACACCGCUAAGCGAUACCUACAAGACAUUGAGACACAUUCACUUUCCAAACAUAACUACAUUCGAGGAGGGCCAGCGGAUCCAAGACACCAUCGUACGAGCCAAUUUGGAUUUCAAGCUGAUGGAUGCCAAGAUCAAGCGACAGCAGAAACAGCUUGCGGCCGCCGGACACGAAAUGUCGGAUUAUGAAAAAGCGCUUGUUGGAAAAAUCCUCGAUAUGAAGCCGCAUCCCACGGUGUUGACAUUUGAGUUCGAAAAUGUUUACACUGGUGGAAAGAAACUCAAACAAGAUCCCGACUUGCCUGAAAAAAUCGCAGCUUUUGAACAGAUGGGGUGCUCAUACCACCAGCUAGAACGCGGAGGAGACAUAACCUGGCAUGGCCGAGGCCAAAUGGUGGCAUACACCAUUCUUGAUUUAAAGCAAUUUCUGAAUUUGCUGGUGAAAUGUUACGUAGAUGCAGUUCUUCUCCGAGCCACUCAAGACUUGUUGAAAAAUUAUGGUCUUGAGUCUUUCACAAACGAGAAUCCUGGAGUGUGGAUGUCGCCUCACGAUGACAAGAUUGCGUCAGUAGGCUGUAAUAUUCAGCGAGCCAUUACAUCGUAUGGCAUUGGUCUCAAUGUGAAUCCCAAGAUGAAGUAUUUGAACACAUUCACCAUGUGUGGACUUCCAGGAAAAAAAGCAGUAUCUCUCCAGUCGCUUGUACAAAAGGAGGUUCUGGUGGAGCAGAUUGCAAAUGAAUAUGCUCAGCAACUUGCCAAGGCAUUGAAUAUUGGAAGCGUAGAGCAUAUGAAUGGAGAGGAGCUUCGAAAAAGCCUUGAAUGA